CGCGCCUGGGAGCUACAGGCUUCCCGGAGCCGACGGCGCGGCUGCUGCUCGGCCAGAAAGCCCAGGCGCCGCCGCGGCCAAUGUAGCCAAGUGAGGCGGCGGCUGCGCCCGCACCAUGGAAGACAGCCCCACCCCAGCACCAGCCCGGGUCGCUCCAGACCUCCGCCGCCUCCCGCGCCCCGCCUGCCAGCUACCGCUGCUUUUCGCUGGGCGCCGUCGGACCCUCACCUCGAAGCUGACAUGAAGGAAGCCCGGGGCGACGGGAGCGCCCCUUUCUGCACCCGCCUCAACCACUCCUACCCGGGCAUGUGGGCGCCCGAGCGCUCCCAGGAAGCGCGGGGCAACCUCACGCGCUCCCCGGAGGCCGGCGAGGACUGCCGCUCGGUGUCCGUGGUGUACCCCAUUACCAUGCUGAUCACCGGCUUCGUGGGCAACGCGCUGGCCAUGCUGCUGGUGUCCCGGAGCUACCGGCGCCGGGAGAGCAAGCGCAAGAAGUCGUUCCUGCUGUGCAUAGGCUGGCUGGCGCUCACCGACAUGGUUGGGCAGCUGCUCACCAGCCCCGUGGUCAUCGUCGUGUACCUGUCCGAGGAGCGCUGGGAGCACCUGGACCCUUCGGGGAGGCUGUGCACUUUCUUUGGUCUGACCAUGACUGUCUUUGGCCUCUCCUCGCUCUUCGUCGCUAGCGCUAUGGCCAUCGAGCGGGCGCUGGCCAUCCGGGCGCCGCACUGGUACGCGAGCCACAUGAAGACGCGCGCCACCCGCUCGGUGCUGCUCGGCGUGUGGCUGGCGGUGCUCGCCUUCGCCCUGUUGCCCGUGCUGGGCGUGGGCCAUUACACCGUCCAGUGGCCCGGGACGUGGUGCUUCAUUAGCACCGGGGGCGGAGGCAACGGGACUAGCUCCCCGCACAACUGGGGCAACCUUUUCUUCGCCUCCACCUUUGCCUUCCUGGGGCUCUCUGCGCUGACCAUCACAUUCGCCUGCAACCUGGCCACCAUUAAGGCCUUGGUAUCCCGCUGCCGGGCCAAGGCCAUGGCAUCGCAGUCCAGCGCCCAGUGGGGUAGGAUCACCACUGAGACGGCCAUCCAGCUGAUGGGGAUCAUGUGCGUGCUGUCGGUCUGUUGGUCACCAUUGCUGAUAAUGAUGUUGAAAAUGAUCUUCAAUCAGACAUCAGUUGAACACUGCAAGACGCACUCAGAAAAGCAGAAGGAAUGCAACUUCUUCUUAAUAGCCGUGCGCCUGGCUUCCCUGAACCAGAUCUUGGAUCCCUGGGUCUAUCUGCUGCUAAGAAAGAUCCUUCUUCGGAAGUUUUGCCAGAUCAGGAACCACAAAAACAAGUAUGCAUCCAGCUCCACCUCCUUACCUCACCAGUGCUCCUCAACAUCAAUGUGGAGUGACAAUUUAGAAAGAUCAUGAAAGAACAAAGAUGGACUUUUUCUUACAAUUCCUGC